AUGCAUCUAGUCCACACAUGUAUUGGCAGCUCUUUGAGACUGCAGGGCAUAUACCACUCUGGCGAUGGCGGAAUGUAUGGCGAGUUGAUCCAGAAUCGAGCUUUCCAAGGCACCCAGAAUGGCAAUGGCGCAUAUGGGACUCCAAGCUUGACGCCCACCACACGGUACUUGUCGCCCCUUGGCAGCGAGAUUGAACAACGCAUCGCUACCAGGAGAAUGUAG